AUGAACAACCAAGAAAAAGUACAAAUGCUUUUAAUUUAUGGUAGAUGCAAUAGAAACUCUCGUCAGUCAGCAAAAAUGUAUGCUGAACAAUACCCAGGUCGGUACCAUCCACCACACACUUUGUUCAUUAAAAUAGAAAAAUUAUUGAUUAACCAUGGAGCAUUUUCUGUAAAAGGAGUCCGUAACCAACAAAUUAGACAAAAUAAUAUUAAUGAUGAUGUAGAACUUCAAGUUUUAGCAUAUAUUAGAUUGAAUCCACGAUCUUCGGUUAGGCAUGUUGGUAGAGAAGUUGGAAUAUCGUUCGGCCUUGUGCAUAAAAUUUUAAAAAAACACAAAUUACAUCCUUACAAACCUGAAUUAGUUCAACAUUUAUGA